AUGGAUGUGAGAGGUUUCAGAGGAAAACACAAGUUCCUCUCCAAUUUCUUCAAAUGCGAAGUAGAAUAUGAAGGUGUAGCGUACCCAACCGCAGAGCACGCUUUUCAAGCAGCAAAGACAUUCGAUGAAGUAGAAAGGAAAAGAAUAUUAUCCUCUAAGAACCCCGUGACAGCUAAAAGGUUAGGUCGCAAAGUGACCCUCCGACACGACUGGGAGGAGGUUAAGGUCGAGAUAAUGACGGAUAUUUUGAGGAGGAAAUUCCAGAAUCCACACAUGAAGGAACAGUUGCUAGAAACUGGAAGCGGUGAAAUAAUUGAAGAAAACAAGUGGCAUGAUAAAUUUUGGGGGAAAUGUAUAUGCAAACGAUGUGGAGGGGUUGGGAAGAAUAAUUUAGGACUCGUUAUACAGAGAAUAAGGAGUGAAAUUUCGCAAAAUGAUGAAUAA